UUGGAUGAAAGAGGCCAUCUAGCUUCCUGGUCAGACGCGUAGGGCUAAGCAGAACCGCCACCUAAUGCACUUCCUCGGCGGUGGCAUCACUUGGCUCCAGCCCCUGCGGGUCAGCCUCAGCCUUGGCUCCCGGCUGGGCAGAGUCGCUGCCGGAUCGCUCGCUGAGCCUGCCUCUCGCUUUGGUCAGCUGGGAAAGUGCCGCUUCUCUGAUGCAUUUUUAACGUGUGUUUUUCUCUCUGUCCGGGGCCUGGCUCCCGCAGCCCUCAAGUUGGAUUUGGAGCAGAAGCUGUUUGGACAGCAUCUGGCCACGGAAGUGAUUCUCAAGGCGCUGACUGGCUUCAAGAACAACAAAAACCCCAAGAAACCACUGACCCUGUCCUUGCAUGGCUGGGCUGGCACAGGCAAGAAUUUUGUCAGUCAAAUUGUGGCUGAAAAUCUUCACCCAAAAGGCCUGAAGAGCAACUUUGUCCACCUGUUUGUAUCAACUCUGCACUUCCCUCAUGAGCAGAAGAUUAAACUGUACCAAGAGCAGCUACAGAAGUGGAUCCGUGGAAACGUGAGUGCCUGCGCCAGCUCGGUUUUCAUAUUUGACGAGAUGGACAAGUUGCACCCCGGGAUCAUCGAUGCCAUCAAGCCCUUCCUAGACUACUACGAGCAGGUGGACGGGGUGUCCUACUGCAAAGCCAUCUUCAUCUUUCUCAGCAAUGCAGGUGGGGACCUCAUAACUAAGACAGCUCUGGACUUUUGGAGGGCAGGAAGAAAGAGGGAAGAUAUCCAGCUGAAGGACCUGGAACCUGUGCUGUCUGUCGGAGUCUUCAACAAUAAACACAGUGGUCUGUGGCGCAGUGGGCUGAUAGACAGAAACCUCAUCGACUACUUCGUCCCCUUCCUGCCCUUGGAGUACAAACACGUGAAGAUGUGUGUGCGGGCAGAGAUGCGGGCCCGUGGUGCUGCUGUAGAUGAAGACAUUGUCACCAGGGUGGCAGAGGAAAUGACGUUUUUCCCCAAAGAUGAGAAAAUCUAUUCAGACAAGGGCUGCAAGACCGUUCAGUCCCGGCUAGAUUUCCACUGAGCGCUUACCCACACCUGGACCUUGUCCUUCAGAAGCACUUUGAAGACCUCUUCAGGGUUCUGCAUAUUUGCACCUGUGAACUUGGGAUUUAGAAGUUUCUAAGAGUUAACUAUUGAAAAGACACUAAUCUGUCCUGCGUGCAACAUAAUGGCAGUUCAGCUGUUCCUUGCAAUUGAAUGUGAGCUUUUAGAAUCCUUAUAUGCACAGUUAUUAACCUUCAUGGAAGUGCCUACAAACAGCUGUGCGUGAGGUGGAGGGUCAUUGGUGGGUGACCCAUGGCCCGGCCUCUCAAGCCAGUACUUUGACCAAGGACCCCAGGGACCCUGCUACAGUUGGGAGCAUCAGGUUUUCACAUGCCAAAGUCAUCUUGCUCUGCUUUUUCUUUGUACAAAGCGCAUUCACUGGCUGGUAGUAUUUUUAGUUAACAUCAGUGGCCCUGCAGGUUCAGAUGGUGUUGGCGAGGAGGAUAUGGCCCUGCACACCGGCUACUCUUGCCCAGGGCUGGACUGUCAUCCUAAGAGUGAAGGUGCACCCAGGCUCUGUAAGCAGACCAGGAUCCAGAGUCCCUUGGGUCUGGCCCUGGCCUUGGAAUUCCCACUGUCAGCUUGGUGAGCCUGCCAGCUCCUUAUACCAUGUCCUCCAGACACGCCACUACCAUCAUGCUACAUUUGCCUGUUAACACUUCACAUGUGAGUCAUGUGCAGCUCAGCAGGACCGGUGGGUGCUCUGGGCUGUGCGGGCCUGCAGAGCCUGAUUGUGGAGGGAGCAAAAUGCUUAAGCACCUCCUUAAACAUAAGUGUAUUUUGCCGGGCUCCAUGGUGCACGCCUAUAAUCCCAGGGGUUUGCGAGGCUGAGGCUGGAGGAUCACGAGUUCAAAACCAGCCUUGGCAAUGGUGAGGCGCUAAGCAAUUCAGUGAGACCCGGUCUUAUUUAAACACACAA